AUGGCUUUUGAAUCACAGUUUAUCACUGUGACAUCAACGUCUACCAUCAAGGUUUCAUUUUGGAUCUAUUUAGUCGAUUGGGUUUUAGCAUUAUUAUUGGGCCUUGGUUUUGUAUUCUAUUUUCAUCGGUUGCUAGGGUUCUUAUUUUCAGCAUUAUUCAAAAUAUUCAUAUGGCGUCAAUACAAGGUCAAUAUCAAUAUAGAAUCGCUCAAGGUUUCACCUCUUGGUGGCCGUCUAUUUGUUAAGAAUCUCACUAUAGUGACUGCGGAUUCCACAGUGUCAAUACUAAAUCUAACAUUUACUUGGAGAUAUUGGCUAUUCAAAAUGAAUCGAUUAUCAAAUUAUUUCUAUGAAACCGACUACGAAGCUCCCGAGCUUUCCCAGAAGCAAAAUUUAAAACUGCCAACCAGGUUUCUACUAUCAAUAGAUGGACUAGAGGUAUUCAUGUAUAAUAGAACUUUUGCAUAUGAUAACAUUAUAGAUAUUUUGGAAAAGGGCAAUGAUGCCUCAAGUGGCGAUGAGAAAACAGAUCAAGAAUCUAGUUCAUUUUCAUAUGACAUAAAAAAUGGCCAUCUAAGGUUUAGAAACAAGAAAGCAUCUCCUAAUUCAACAUCUUCUUUGGAUGAGAGUAUGAACAAGGAUAUACCUCAAGAUAAGGGAAGUACAUCAUUAGUGCUUUUACUACAAAUAUUACCCAUUGGUAUAAGGAUAAAACGUGGGGCUGUAGUUAUAGGUAAUUCCACUACUCCUUCAAUUUUGGUGGCUUCAUAUAAAGCAGCUAAUGGGACAGUAGAUGUGGCGAAAUCACCAAAUUCAGCCGAUCCGUAUCGUUUACUUUACGACCUUGCUCUUGACAAUUUUCAACUUUGGAUGAGACCGAACAUAAACUAUGAAAAAUAUAGAUAUGGGGUAGAGGCCCACAAAGAAGACAACAUCAAGACAACAGAAGAUGUCAAUCAAAUUACACAUAUGAGGAAAUACAGAAGCUGGUUUCAAUUUCAAAGAGCAGCCAAAAAUUUACACAGAUUAUACUACCGACUACUACGAAAAGAACGCCCAGAAGAAACUGAAAAAGAAAAUGAUAUCCAUUGGAGAGGGUUGAGACGAUAUGUUGGUGAUGCACAAGAUGAUUCAGAUAUGUUUGUAUUGCUAAGUUCAGAUGAUCAAUAUGCUAAAUACAGUCUUAUUUUAGAUUCCGUUAGUACAAGAAUUAUUUAUUACUAUGAUUCACCAGGGAUGCAGCCUCAAGAAGUCAGCCCAAGAACACUAUUACCUCCAGAGCAUGGUGUCGAGAUUGAAAUAUCUAUGGGUACAAUUCAUUAUGGUCCAUGGACAGAUAGACAGCGUGUGCCUAUACAAAACAUGCUUUUCCCACCCAUUGCAAGAGACUCAGAACCUACCCGAGGAUUUUUAAGUCCCGGAACAAAACGUGAUUUUUCUGGGUUUCGUGUCACAAUGAUUGUUAAAGAUGAAGUAAUCAUCAGAGUUCCAACUAGAGAACCAAGUAAAGAUAAAGAGCUUCUUAAAAGUACCAAUUCUGUUGACCAUUCAAAGAGCUCAAGACCAUUUGGUUGGUUGGAAAUUAAAGCAGGGGAAGGGUCAAACAUUGGAAUGUUUUCGUCGUACAUUGCCGAUGAAAAUGGAUUCCCAAAUAUCAUGAAAGUUGUCUUGAAUGAACCUGAGAUCAGGUCUUCUGUAAACCAUGAUGUUUUAUUUAUUGCUGAUUCACAUGAACUCAAUGGUAAUAUUGGAUUUCCGUUAGCAUGGAAUGGGAAAUGCACUUGGGAUUUUAAUCAAGUGAGUUUAAAUCCUAGAUUGUUUUUCUUGAGGGAGCAUACAAUGUUGUUUUCAGAUUUGUUCACUGAUUUUGGUCUGGGUGAUCCCCAGCCAUAUGAAUACUUUCGACCAUUUGUUUACAAUAUCAACUGGAAAUUUCUCAAUUACAAGAUUUUUCUCAAUGUGAAUGAUGCUAAUAUUGUCGAUAAUCCUUUGGAUUUUGAUAAUAACAAGUAUCUAUCUUUCCAAGGUGAAGAGUUGGUUUGCGAUUUAAACUUGCCAAUGAAUGGUGUAUUUUCAAAAUCAUCCACCAUUAAGUUUAAUAUUAACACUCCGCAUUUUGAUCUUAUACUUGAUACUCCACCGUGGCACACAGUUAAUGCGUUCUUGAAAGAAUCUAAUGUUGUGGGUAGAAGUAAUUAUUUUAUUGUUGAUGGUGAGUACACAUUCUUUGGUGGAGUAGAGGUGAAUACUUCUGAUCAUGUUGAAAUAAGAUGUAUUGGGGAUGAAGUUUCUUUAAAAUUUUAUGGCUUUGUUAUACGGUAUUUGUUUACUUUGAAGGAUAACUACUUUGGUGAUCACAUUCAUUUUAAAACUUUUGAAGAGUACACAAGUGAAAUAAACUCAGAUGCACAGAGUCAAGAAGAACAAUCCAUAAAGGAACCAAAUUAUUGGAAGAUGAUUAAAACUGAAAACGAUAUGGAUGUGAUAAUUACAUUUCAAGUUCGAAGCGGUUUGGUGUUAUUGCCUUAUCACACAUACAGUUGUCAGUCGCAUAUUGGGUUGAAUUUCGACAUGUUGGAUGUGGACAUGAGGUUUUUCAAUUACUAUAUGGAUAUGCAAGUCGAUUUCAGUCCAAUAUCUGCAGUAUUUGUUGAGAACUAUUAUAGUCGAGAGGACCCGUUACUUAGUGUCAACGAGUAUGUUAAACUAUAUUUCAAUACAAAAGCAGAUAUGUGUGUCGAUGGGUUCAGUGUUCAUUCACAUAGAAUGUUUGGUGCUCCUCCUGAUGAACUUACCUUUUAUUGUAAAUGGGAUUUCAGCUGUGGGGAUUGGUUAAUAGAUAGCCAUCCCAUGUUUGUGAAAGCAGUAGUAAAUGGUAUUGCCAAUUUUGGAGUUGGGUUCCUGGAUGUCGAAAAUGCUCUUGGUGUGGCAUUUCCACCAGCGUUUGACGCUGCAAAUUUCUCAUUUCAGUGUCCUAACUUCACUUUUCAAUUACGACCAGAUGCUCAAUCAUGUGUCGAGAUUCACAUGGGAGACUUUUUGUUGUCGCUCAAUGAUAUGACAAAUAGAAGAUACUCAAGUAGACUUGCAGUUUCUAUUCCAACUAUUACCAUGAAAGUUUUCAAAGGAGAAAGGCUUACUGCAUAUAUGAAUACGUCCUUGGUGUUUACAAAUAUAUGUCAAAAAGUGGACAUGUUGGAAAGAAGGAGAAAAGCACAAGAGCACGUUCGAAAUAGUGACGCACCAUUUCACAGAACUCCAUUUAUUCUUUUGGAUGAAUACCGAGAUGAUUUUUAUUAUGAAUCGAAAGGUUGCUUUUUGACACCGGCUUCAUUACCACAUGCUGCCAUGCCAUUGACAGAAGAAACUUUCCGUAAUUCCAAGAACUUGAAGUUUGAUUUUGAUGCCGAUAGUAUUUCGAGUGAUUCAGAUUAUGUGUUCACCGGUAAAAUGCCACCCACAAAUGACUAUAAUGAAGAAGAUUUUACUCCAUCGUAUCCCGUUGAAUCUGAUACUGAAUAUGAUAAUCUCAUUUUUGAAUUAGGUGAUGUUGAAGCAUUUUGCUCUCCAAAAGCAGUAGAGGUUAUUUCUGGGUUAUUACAGUCCAUGGAGGAUUACUCUAUAAAUACCAUUAUGGAUGAAAUUAAUGUUCGUACUGUGAAUCUAUUGAAGGGCUUAAUCAAAUCAACAAAAUCAGUUAAAAAUUUCAGAGUUGUGAACCAUGAAAUUAAGGUUAAGUUUGGAGAUUUCGAUGUUGCUGACUCAAGAGAGCUCAUGCAGAUGGUUAAAAAACAAAACACAAUUACUCUUCAAAUUUUUGAUUUAUCAGUGGCACUAUCCGAAAAUGUUAACAAGAGUGUUGUUAAUGGUGCAAUCUCAAAUGAAGAAGAGUUAUCAUUAGCAUUGCAUAUUAAAGAUUUAAUCGUGUCAGCAUCUCAACCUUUUGAAUUCAAUGCUGCUGCUCUUUUUAAUAUUCAGGAGAUUGAGUACUGGAUGGAACAGAAACAAGAUACAUUGACUGGAUCCGCAAACAUCGAGUCUGUGAAUAUUAGCUUUGAUGACCAACAAAUGGAAUGGCUAUCUGGUUACAUUCGUAAUAUGGCUGAUACAAUUGAGGAUAUCAAUGCAGGGCGUGAUGUUAUUACAAGAAAGAUCAAUGCCAGCGCUUGUUUAGUGCAUGCUUUAACAUUAGCUUCUGUUGAUUACUACAUUGAUCAUGACCCAGAUGUCUUAACCAGACCAGCGUAUAUUCUUCGAGCAAAAAAGGAGCACAUUCGAUUUUUUGAUAGUUGGAAAGUGAUGGCUCGAUUGAGACAUAUAAUUAACAAUAUUAGUCCAGAUUGGAGACGUGAAGCAGAUGCUUUACUUAAAAGUAAGAAAUAUCAUUUACCAGAUGACGCGUUAGAUGAAGUUUGGGAAGUUUUUUCCCAAUGGAGGACCUGGGAAGCAAACCAACAAGAAAGAAAAGCAAUGUUUAAUAGAAUUUUCUCCAAGAAAGUCGUUGAUAAAGAUAUUGAAAAGUUACAAUUGCAAUUUAUUCUUGGGCAAAUUGUUAUUAAACUAGUUUCUGAGUCUACUACGGACUAUCUUUCUUUACAAAGGUUUUCCACUACGGUAACUUCAAGAUCAAAAGAUGAAGAGUCUUAUGGGAUCAAAAACUUGGAUGUUAUUAUUGGACUUGGUGAAUAUGACAGUAGUCUUUCAACUUUACUGUUUGAUAAAAUCAAACUUUUGGAAACCUUCAAUAAAAAGCACAGUGCCGAUAAACAAAAGAAGAACCUGGUAUCUAAAGCAUACCACAGCAUCAAUAUUGGUAUUGCUGUAAACAUUGAAUCAGUACGACAACAGAUAUUGCUUCCUUCAGUUGUGGUAGACGUGCAGGCUAAUAAUUUAACUUCGAUAUCUACUUUUAGGGAAGAAAUGAGAAGAGUUUCCAAUUGUUUACUUUUAGAAAACUUAGAACUUAACGUCUGGGGAUCAUCUAAUCAUAUUUAUUCCCAAUCAAUGACGGGAACCAGUUGGGUAAUCGCCAAAACUAGAGCAUUUGAACAAGACUUUUACAAGGUUGAUUUUGAAUUUCAAAAGAUUGGGGUACACUUAUUGGAUAAAGAUUCACAAUUCCCAUUUGUGUUGGAAACAAUUUUGGCCCAGGAUGUACCUUAUAUCAAGAAUAUUUUCAAUAUCACCGAGCCUGAACACCACGAGGUCAGUAAAAAACGGUCGUUUAAUUACCUGGGAUCUAUUUAUGUUAAAAUUGUAGUCCAAGAGUUUAAUUGGAGCGUGGCAGUAUUAGAUCCUUUUUUUAUUGGAGGGACAUCAAUUGGAUGUUCUUUUGGAGUUACUAAAGUUGGCGAAGGUUAUAAGGUAGACACAAAACAUUUGAAAGGUAAAUGUAAUGUCGACGUCGCUCAUCAUAAUGUUUUAGAAGUGGAGACAUCAGAUUUUGUCAACAACAUAGAAAUUGAAACUUGGGAUGAGUUGAUAUUGUUAUCACUUGACUCAUGUUUGGGUUACGCAAAAGCAUUCUGCCCAAGCCUAGUUGCAACGGUAGAUUUAGUCAGUGUGAAUUUACCAAGAUUGGAGAAGAAGAUUGAAGAGUUCAAGAGUUUACUAGAAAACAAAGAGCCGCGUGUGGAAGAGGUCAAGCAAGAUAAACAAAAGGGAAAAGACAUUGUGUUCAAGCUCAAUUUUUCAAACGAUUACGUUGGUAUUUCAACAUUCAUCAAUAAGGCCAAAGUUAGUUUUGAAAUUGAAUCUACUACAGCGGUUGUUAACAAUGUUUCUGAAAUCAGGACCAAAUCUAACGAGCUCAUCACUACAGUUGUUCCACUUUUUGGCGAGCUUUCCAUACCGGCUGCACGUCUUUCAAUUCUUGAAAAGAGUAUACCUAUUGGUUUAUCAAACUUAAUUGAUGUUAAUUUUGCUGUCAGAUUAUUAAGUGCUGAGAUGCUAGGAGAACUUCAAACAUUACAAUUCGAGUCACAAUACUGCAGAAUAUGUUUGUCAGAACCAAUGCUCUUUAAGCUAUUGAAGAUAGCCGAUGAAAUUGGAAAAGUAAUUUCAAAGACAACAACAUCCGCGACAGUGUCAAGCACAUCACCUCCACCACCACAAGAAAAGAAGGAUGACCUUGAAUCUUCAUCAAAGAUAUCGGAUUUGAUAUUUACAAGAAUCGCAACUUUCCAAUGUUUGGCAUAUAACUUUUGUUUAGGUUGGUUGUUCACCGAUAAAUCAAAGGAGUACCCAGGAAUUAUCAUGGGCGCGGAAAGAUUCUUUGCCACUACGGAACCUAACUUGGGUAAAUUUACGUUGAUGGAGGCGUACCUAUCAGUCGCCAAUGGUAAUCGUACUUCAAAUUUCUAUAGUACGCUGUCCGAAAAAUCCAACUUGAAUAGAGCAUAUUUGCCAAAUUUGCAAUUUAUUUAUUUGAUAGAUCAUGGUCCAAAUGGGAAGCAUUUGCGAAUGUCCAUGCAUGGUGAUGAACUUGAUGUUAAGUUUUUGUCUACUUCUGUUGUGAUUUUUGACAAGUUAGUGAAACUGGCUUCAAAAGUACAAUCAUACUUGGAAAGACGUGCAAGUCCAAUAUACCAAGAACUUGAUAAAGAACCCACCAAGCCGGGAGAAAGCACACCUUUGUUCAAGAAUAGCUUUGAUUCCAUUGAAUAUAUAUCCACUUAUGCUGGUUCAAACGUGUUGAUCUACCGCCUCCCAGAUGAUGAGUCCGAAGACACACCUUCCCUUUUCUUGCAUUCUCCUGCUGUUAAGAUGGCGUUCAAAUUUACAAACAAUAAGAAACACAAGAAGAAAAAUUCGUUGAUGGGUGAGAUUUUGGCAACUUCAUCAGACAAUACGUUGUACCCACAAUGCGUACCAGUAAUUGUCGAUCUUGUGUCGGGAAUGAAGGGAUUAAUGCGCAAGUCGAAGAAAUCAAGCACUGAGAUUGUUAUUGUAGAAGAACAGACUAAGAAUAAUGAUUUUAUUAGAAAUCUUUUGGACGACACAAAUAUUCAUUUUGGUGUAAGAAUCGAGAAACAAGGUCUUUCCCUUAGCUGUGAGCCUACAGCUAAAGUUGCUGCUGUGGUUGGUCUUGAUGGUAUAUUUAUUCAAGUUAACACGACACAGUCACAGAUACCAGCGAUUAGUGUUUCAUUAUUGGUAGAUUCAGUCUCAGUUUUAUUACAACAUAUUUAUUCGCGAGACAUUAGUGCUUCUGCGGCAAUUACUGGUAUAUUGUUCACAAGCACUGUUGAAUUUGAAAAAGUGGUUACCUUAUUUUCAUCCGGAUCCAUUAGCGAUGCCGAUGCGUAUAUCAAUAUGAAGCAAUAUCAAGAUGUGGAUUUAUUCAAAGACAUCUGGUUUCCUAAGGAGUAUAGUGAAGUUUAUUCAAGCUUUGUGAACAGUCAAUCUGAAGUGGAUAGUAGCAAACAAAUUAAAGAAUCUCCACUGCAUGAGUCCUUGAACCAAUUGGCAUUGGCACAGAACAAGAAUAUUUCAUCUCGAUUCAAAGAAGUUUCCGACACGUAUGCAUUCCCUUGGGUUGUUACAUUUGUUGUUUCCAAUAUAGGUAUUCGUGUCGAUUUUGGUCAAUCGUUGGGUAAUUUCAAGUUGGUUAUAGGAAAUUUCUGGGCAGUAUCCAAAAAGUCUAUGGAAUGGUCACAAGAUUUGAAAACAGGUAUCGAUGAAAUUGCGUUGUCGUCUGUGGGUAGACUCGGUGGACAUGUCAGUAUUAAGAAUAUUAAUUUACAUACAGCUAUUAGUUGGAGACUUGACCUGGGUGUCACUUUGGAUGUUCCAUUGAUUUUGGUUUCUGGAGGGUUAGAAAAAUUCCAGUUGAAGAUGUCAUUUGAUGACCAUGUUAUUGCUAUUGGUAAUUUUGAAGAAUUUUCGAUGGAUAUUUAUAACAAGAAAAGUGAAAUUGCUAUUGCCAAGGAUCACUUGUUUGUGACAACCAAAUUCAAGACAGCUGAGAUUUAUAUAACAUCAUUGACAGCAUCCAAUUUUGUGGAUAUCCACAAUACAAUUUCCAGAAUGGUUCAAGAUAACAAGCGAUCCUACAGAGAAACUCUUCGUGAUUCUUCAAAGGGUACUUCUGUGGGCAAAACAAUCAAAAAGAAGACGUUCUCAGAAAAUGCUAUUUUAGAAACAGUUAAGAAAUUGGAGACAAGAAUCCAUGUUUCUGCCGGAAAUGUAUUGAUUCAUGUUUAUCCGUCAGCUAUUAGUGACAACAAGGUUUUGGUAAUUAAUUUAGAUGAGUCACGUGUCAAAUUUCAACAAAACGAAUAUUCAAGUGGUAUAUCGAAUGAAUUGGAUUUGAAGUUCAACGAUUUGAAGGUAUCCUUAUCAUCAAUAACACCGCUUCAGGAAUCCUUUAUUGUUGAUGCGCCAGUGACUGAACUUACGGAUCAGGCACGUAAGGCCAGCGGUGGUACUAUAUUUGUCUUCCCAUCUUUCAGAAUAUCUAUGAGAACAUUCCAGAAAUACAAUUCGAACUUGAUAGAGUACAUGUUCCAAUCAACAUUCAAUGGUACUGUUGAUAUCAGAUGGAAUUUGGGAUCCGUUAAUUUUAUCAGAGAGAUGUACUCCAUCCACAGUAAAGCAUUAGAGUCAAGAAUGGAGUACAGAAGAAAAAUGCAACCAUUUGAUGAAGGUAGAGAGAUGUUAUCUAAAAGUAUUUUAGAGCAGCAAUUGAAUGCUGAAGACACCACACAAGAAAUUGAUGAUGCCAUCAAGGAAACAAUUGAAAAAGUGGAGAAAUCUUCUAAAUACAGAUAUGUUGCUUUAGCGCCACCAAUUAUCGAAGCACCACAAUUGAAGGAAUUGGGAAAUGCUACACCGCCAUUGGAAUGGUUUGGUUUACAUAGAAAUAAGUUGCCGCACGUGACACAUCAAUUUGCUAUUGUUAGUUUACAAAAGCUUAUACAUGAGAUUGAAUCAGAAUACUCCAAAAUGUUGGGUAAAGCAUAA